CUCUUGUAUCACAUUCCAUCAGUACACAUAGUUACACAGUUACCUAGCGGUCAUCAGCGUGUCCACACGACGAGAAAACGUGAAAAGUGAGGUGGGAACAAGUUAUAAACGUUGCACCAUCCGAGUUUUACCAUUACAAGUUUCAUUCCACAGCCAAUCAGUGUACACCCACCUGGUGCACCUGUUUAAACUUUAAUUAAAACUAAAAUCAAGCAUUUAACGUGAUAAGAUGAAAGUGAUAUUUAUUUUAUUGUUACUGGGUUGUAUCGCAUGCAGUUAUGCUUUGAUUAAUCAAUGUUCAGUUGGGAGAAAACUUAGUAAUCUCGACAAUGAUGUAAAAUUAUCCGGAUGUAGAAAAACCUACUGUCGUUUAAAAAAGAAGGCCAUUACAUCAAUCCAAUAUAAAUUCACAACAGAAAAAGACAUUAAAAGUUUACGUAACGCUGUGUCGGCCCAAAUCGCCGGAAUACCUUUCCCAUUCAUCGGAUUUGAUGGUACAGACGCAUGUCCAAGUAUUUACGAAGCCGAUGGCGAAACUAAAGCCGUGUGUCCUUUGAAGGCCGGCAAGGAAUACAUUUACAAAAACAACAUUGAUGUUCUGGAAAUAUACCCAACUAUUAAAGUCGUGGUGCGAUGGGCACUGGAAAGCAAUCAAGGACAACUGAUGUGUUUCGAAGUUCCCGCGCGAAUCGUCAACUAAAUUUUAAGGUUAGACAUUGAGAUAUUGAGGUUAUGGAGUAAUAUGGCGCCGAACUGUAAAAAUGCAGCUUUAUUCGAUUAUAAACCAAAUAAUAACAACAGUUAAAACAUUGAAAUAAAUCAAGAUAUUCUCUGUA